GCCUCCAGCCCGGGAAGCCAGCCCAGCCCAGCCGGCCGGCUUUGCAGCUCGCCCGCCCGCCCGCCCGCCGGCGAAGGGGGCACCGCGGGGCCGCUUCGGCGCGGGCUUCGGCGAAGACCCAGGCGGAGGCGCCGCGUUCCCAGCGCGCUGCGGCGACCGGGUCAGCUGGGCGUGCCGAGAAGCGCUCCUGCCUCGGGCGAGAGCGGGCGAGAGAGCGCGCCUUCGCGCCGGAGAGGCCGGGCGGAGAGGGGCGAGGAAGGCGCGGGGCUCCCUCCGGGCAGCGGGCAGAAGAACGCCGCCGGCGCCGCUGCCAUGAAACUGGCCGCGGCUCCCUGUCCGGGCCGCCUGCUGGCGCUUCUCCAGCUCCUGGCCGCCAAGGUUCUGGCCCAUCAAGGUUGCGAAAACGGACACGUCACCUCUGCUGGAGACUGCUGUGACCUUUGCCCACCAGGUUAUGGAGUUGCGGUUCCCUGUUGGAACACCAAUACCAAGUGUGAACCAUGCAAAGAAAACAUGACGUUCUCCUCUGUCGCCAGUGCCACCGAAACGUGCCAGCCAUGUUCGAUGUGCCCAAGCCACGUACCCAUGGUGGAGGCUUGCACCCUUACCCACGACACCGUGUGUGCCAUCAACUGCCCACGGGGACACUAUCUCCACGCAGGAAAUGCGAGCCACGGCGCUGAGCAUUGCCGUCCUUGCCAGGUGUGUCCAAAGGGCUACGGAGCCAUCAAGCCAUGUGGCCCCAGCACAAACACCGUGUGUCGGAAAUGCCCAGAUGGUUACUACUCAGAAGAGAAGAGCUUUUUGGAACCGUGUCUCCGCUGCCGGCUGGAGUGUGGCAAGAGCGAGGUUAUGAUCCAGAACUGCACCCCAGAUUCAGACACUGUUUGCAUGGAUAAAGAGCUGCAGAUCCUGAAGCGCACUGAAGGAGACUCUCGGAAGGAAUUCCCCAAAAGAUCUUCCCUUCUGGAUUCAGAGGGCAGCCCUUCUCCCAAUUCCUCCUCCUCAGAGUUCGUCCCUCCCUUGGCUGAGGACCAAAGCAAGAACAUUAUUCCAGUCUACUGCUCCAUCCUAGCAGCUGUGGUGGUCGGACUCCUCGCCUACGUCGCUUUCAAGUGUUGGAGUACAUGUAAGCAGAAGCAGCAGCUGGCCAAAGCUCGGGCUGGGGAGCUUGCAACUUCCCCAGAAGGCGAGAAACUUCACAGUGACAGCGGGGUCUUCCUCGACACUCACAGCCUCCAGGAGCAUCACCCGCUCAACAAGGCGCACAAAGCUGAACCGCGGCUCUACGCAAACCUCCCGCCUCACAAGCAGGAAGAGGUGGAGCAGCUGCUGGAAACGCCCCACCACGGCAAAGACUGGCGGUGCCUGGCCAACCACCUGGGCUAUGAGGAGGAAACCAUCGCUACCUUCGGCAGGGGGGAAGCCCCCGCCCACACUCUGCUCUCUGACUGGUCAGCCAAGGAGGGGGCCACCACGGAGGCCCUGUGCACAGCCCUGGCGGCCAUCGAGAGAGAGGACGUGGUGGAGAACUUGAACUCCCCUGCCGAGGUCAGCUCCGUGGUGUGACAGACCUGCUUGCACGUUGCACCACUGGUGGACUGUAGCGGGGUUGGGGGUUGUUUUUUAUUAAAAAGGGGGGAAGGGGGACGCAAAAGGGAAAAAGUCAGGGAGGAGGACUUCUUGUUACUUUUGUUAUGAAAAAAAUAAUAUGGACACUUGAACAAACGACGAUUACAGCGGACAGUGCUGAGACAUACGAGUGCUUCCCCCUGCUGGAUGGAGGACCUGUGGGUACAAUGAAGAGGUGACCCGGCAUUCAUUGCACAGCCCAACUGCUCACUGAUGGAUGGCACUGGGGGGAGGGGUCUGGAGUGCGGGGGGGGCUGAUGAAGGGAGGGUGGCACGUGCUUAUUCCUUUCCCGUCACAAAGAGCGGGGCUAGUUGGCCUUUCGCUUGCAAGGUUUCUCUGUGUCACAUGGGAGCAGUGAGUCUGCAGGCAGGCAGAAGCAAGAGGCAAAUUGGGCAUCCUGAAAAUCUUAUCUUUAAUUUAAGAGCUCAAAAAAAAUGAUUUCUUCUGCCCAAGAGGAGUAAAAAAGCACCACAAACCGACAGGGCUCCGGGACCGUUGCAGAGGGGCCUUUCAGCAGCCGGGGUAGGUGGGCUCUCCAGUCACGGCUGGCAAGGUCAUCUGUCUCCCAGUGCAUCUUUAUCCUGCUCUUCUUCCAAGGAAAGCUCAGAGCGAUGUCCAGGGGUCUUCCGCCUCCAAUUUACUUUCACAGUCACCCUGAGAUGUAAAGAGAAUGCCUGCACAUUCUCAGCAGUGGGUGAGGACUUGAACCUUCCACCCCCAGCAGAUACUAGCGCUCUGACCACUGCAUCACACCGUCUCACGGGGAGAGGGACUGGAAGGCACAUGGCCUUCUGGUCUGGUUGCCCCAGCUUGGGAUCUUUUCAGGAGCCAAGUCUGGCCCAAGCUCCAUCCUUCACCCAGCGGCUCAAGGAAACAGGCAGGCGACAUCCCAGGACAUCUUCCCAGAAGGUGACUGUACUCCUGCUUGAGGGUGCUCCCAGCACAGGGGUUCAUCUGUCAGCUGUCAUUCCAACCUCCUAUAUGCAGUUCUCGAUUAAAGGGGGGGGGGAAGUACCAACUUUCUGGAAAAUGCAGAAUUUGGUUGCUGGCAAAAUAGUCUAUAGCCCCAAAGAUGUGAGCCGCCAUCAACUUGCUCUCUGUCUCGCCUUCUAGAUCUUUCAGGGCGCAUACUUCAUAGAAGAAAUACAAAGGAGUCUCGUGGCACGUUACCAAUCAACAGAUUGAGCUGGGCAGAUGUCCUAGAACCAAAACCCUCUUCAUCUGAGUUGUGCCAUUUCCCUUGAGGGUGCCACAAGAGGGUUUUUCCCCCAGUCUUCCUGCAGCCCAUAAAUCCCACUGUCCCUCUGCAGUGUCAUAGGCAGGGCUUUUUUCCAGCAGGAACGCGGGGGAACGGAGUUCUGGAACCUCUUGAAAAUGGUCA